CGCACUCAACAAGUACUAUAGGGCCGUCAUAGUAUGAGUGGCAGAGCCACCAACUAAUGAGCGCAGCUUGUCUUGGUAUUCACGCGGUCAUGCGGGAUAUUUUGUAUGCCGGCGCUCACCCAGCACUACAUCAUGCUAGCACGUAGCGAAAGCCGUGGCCUUGUUCGCACGAUCACGCAGACUUCCUUGGUGGCAAUAAUAGUCUUGACGCCAGUCUUGCUCACAGACAAGAUGGGAGAAGUCGGUUCUAACGUUGCAGGUCUAUAUUGCUGGCCAUCCAUUUCCAUUCGGCUCAUGCUGCCAAUCAACUGUGGCCCAACGGGCACCAGGUCUCCAUUUGCACAAUGUCCCUUGAUAUUACGGCGGAGUAACAUCAUGAGUGACAGAGACUUCGAUGCAGGCGAGGAACACCUUCAGAUACUUGACAGGAACCACCACAUCCGCGUUGUAUGUAACCAUUCUACGCAGCUAAUCUGAAGCACCACUACGAAG